AUGGCUGAAGAGACCCCAAAGCCACUUGAUGAUUCCGAGAUGAAAGCCCUCUGGGACGAGCUGGCAGGCCGGGGAAAGCAAAGGCCGCAGGCUGGCGCCGAGGAGCUGUCUCCCAGGACGGAUGCUCAGUGGAAGGCCGUUUUCUUCGAGAACAUGCAGUCGAGGGCUUUGAUCCUGCAGAACACCAAAGUGGGCAGGCUCCACAAGAACAAGGAGCAGCAAGAAAAGGCAGCAAAGAAAGUGCCCCCGGAUGGGCUCUCCCGAGAAUGGUUUGACGAAGAGGCCAUGACGCUGGAGGCUCGGGCUUACUUGCUCGAUAAGCUCCUCCCUACUUUAGUGCCCGGCGUCGAGAAACUGUUAAAGGUGGCAGAGAGGAAGAAGGUGCUAGAAGCCGAAGCAGAGAAGGAGGAGCCCUCCAAAUUUGACCCCAUUAAUUUCCUAGGAGAGUAUCUGAUGAGGCGUAAUCCUGCCUAUGAGAGCGGUGAAACGACAGAUCCAUAUCUUAGAGGGAUUAAGGCAGUCACCGAAGAGCUGAAAGCUCAGGUGCCGGAGACAACACCGCACAAGCUAGCCCAGAUGAAGAUGUUGGUGAAAGAAAAGCGCCAGCAGAGAGAUCAGGUGGAAGAGAUCAAGAAGUGUGUGAAAGCCAUGCGCAAGGAGGCCCUGGCGGUGCAGUUCAGAGAAUGGACGCAGGAUACCAGCUCACAGAUCCCACUUGGGCUGGUCCAAAGUGCCCUGAGGUCAUUCCUGGACAUCGCCACUUUGCCCAUUGGCACCACAGAAGGAAUCUAUGCCAGGCCCGUGGAAGCCAUAGCAACACUAGAGCUGAAAGUGAACGAAGAGGAAUUUGCAGAGCAUGUCUUCUCCUAUAUAAAAAACUUCACCAGCGACAUGUUCCAGGAACUACUGAAGCACCUGUUCCAAUGUGCCAAUGAUGCCCGAGGGAUCCUCACACACGACAGGUGGAGGCAGACCUUUCUCCAGCUCUUCCUGGACUGCGACCAUGGAAAGGUGGGGAUCUUGGACAGAAAACGGGUUUUAACUUUACUGGAGAACUUCUACAGCAACUGCUCAGAGCCUGCUAAGAAGAGGCUCCGCAAUCCAACUCGUUGGCCAGUUAUUGAACUAGACGAUAUAGAUCUCCUCGAGUUUUGGGGACAGCUGGAAGAUGAGACGUCCCUUUCGCAACAAAGUAGCCUCCUGUACAAAACCGCUCAUCUUGGACUCUCUGCGGAAGCCAUAGUCCUAAAUCAGGUGUUAAAAGAUAUACUGUCUGAAGAUGCUCUGGCCGUACCUGAUGCAGGAGACACAGAGGUGCCCCUAGCUGUUAGCCCGGAAGCAGAUGUCCUGGAGCAACAGGUCAGUUCGGCAGGAGAGACGAUCACAGCGAUUCAGACCACAGUUUCAGGAGAAGAGGCUGCAGAAGGCCAGAAGGAAGAAGAUCCGACCCCUUUUGCUGGGCCGUCGCCUGCCAUUGAGGAUUCUUUCAUUGAAGCCAUGAAGGUGGGCUUGGAUGCAUGGGAGGGUGAUGGGAAUGUGAAGCCAGAAGGUCCUGCUGCUACAUCAGAAGAGGAAGCCGCAGUGAAAGGUCCUGCUGCUACAUCAGCAGAGGAAGCCGCAGUGAUAGCCACAGUGCUGGAACAGGCGUCGAAGGAAAACGAUCUGGGCCCUGACAAACAGAGGAGCUUGGAGAGACCUGAUAUUGCUGCAAAGACGAGCACAGCUGAGCCAGUAUCAAGCCUAGGGGAGGAGACCCCAGUGCCUGAUCAGGACACCGGUGCAGAAGCGGGUCAUGAGCACCUGGAGGAGAGCACAGAGGAUCAGCCAGCUGUGGACACCGGCGAGCCACCAGCAACGGCAGCCAUGGAAGGCCAAGUCUCAGUUCUAUCCUCGUUGCCUUCAUGGAAACCCAGCAAGUCAGCCGAAAAGGCUCCUCAGCUGAUAUGGGGACUGCCGUGGUCAGGUGACCUUGAGACAGCCGACUUGACCUUCAAGUACAGUGACUAUGGCAAGGAAGUCCGGGAAGACUGGAACAGCGAAAACACCAGGUUUACAGGCUUGCGCAUGAACAUGCUAGAAAUUCAGUGCCGUGGUCCCCCUUCUUCCACCAGCGCCUUUGACAAAAAUUCCCUCAACCCGCCACAGUUCGUGCAGCUGAUGGAGACGUUUGUCGGUGAGGAAAUUUCUCAGCCAGAAAUGAAGAGAUUGGUGAAGUUUAUGAAGCAAGGCUACGUGCUCCUGGAGAAAGAAAAAAUCAGUCAGAUGGAAAGGAUUCGUCAUGAAGCUUUCCUGGUCCGCCAGCAACUUCUUCUGAGCGCCCUCUUUGAGAAGUGGGAUAAUGAGGGCUCCGGAUUCCUUGACAUGGAAGAGGUGGACGCUGUCCUUGGUACCUUUAAGGAAGGGAUGGAGCAAGAGGCCCUGGAGAAAGCUAAACUGCAGCUCCCCAUUCCCCAGCAGCAUCCCAGUGGAGUGGUGAAACUCACCAAGAGAGUCUUCCAAACCUACAUCGAGCUGGUCAUCUCUGAAUUCACUGGAAAUGAAGAUGAGAUCUUGGAUAACGUGGUGGAAUUUCUCAUGACAGCCGUGGAGAAGACUCUCAUGGAGCAACUGCGGGGCUCUGCUCGACGGAAGUGGCUGCAUGGCAUUCAGCACACGGCCAAGACCAAUGGGGGGAGCAUUGAACCCGUCUACCAAGCUGUCUUCAAGGCCCUUGCUCGGGAUGCAGAUGCCCAUGGAGACAGCAAGAAGAUCAGCGCCUACAUCGCCCUCUUGGAAUACAACAUUCUUUUUCCAGUGCGGGGAGAUGUUCUCCUCCGCUACGUGGCCUGCACAGAAGACGACAUUCAGUAUGUUCUGAACCAAUCACUUUACAUGGAUAUGAAAGGAGUUAGCUUUGCAGCGGCAUUAGAAGACAAGCCCAUCCACGUCCCCAGAGUUCAGCUGCAUGGAAAUAUCCACUUCUGGAACUGUGACCGUCCCGAGCAGGAGAGGAAGGGCUCCUUCUUGGUGAUCCCACUCGAGGAUAUCCGAAGAAAGGUCUUUGGCAUUCUUGGGUUGGACACCCUCCGUGACCAGAAUGAACAAACCAUCUUUGUGCCCCAUGAAAUCCGUUUCUAUCAGGGGAUAGCAAAGGCAUUCAGUGUCGCCUACCACCAUAUUCGCACCCUGGACAGUGUCAAGCAGAUUAUAAUCACCGCCAUGGAAUGGCUGUCCACCAGAGCACCAAGCCUCCACACCAUCACGGCAUACUUCAUGGAACCUGGAAAAGGCAGGAUACAUGAUUACACCUUGCGCCAGGUGAUGACUACCAACCAGAAGGGGCACAUGGAAACCUUCCCUCAUCCAGCGCCAGUGCUCAGCAGAAGCGACAACAUCUUCAGAGAUUACCUGUUCAAGUGCAUAGACUGUGCAGAGGUGCUGAAUGUGUGUGUGUACGAAGAUCACCACAUUGCAGUUCCACUGAGGGAUCCGGCAGGCUACGCCAUGGUGGUGCUUGACAUCAACAUUGGACAGCGUCAAAAGCUGCCAUCCUGUGAGCAUAAGGACCUGCAGAAGAUGCUGAAGAUGGUGCAGGCUGCCAUUUGUGAGAUACUGAAAGAAGAGUCGGGCAGUCUGGAACCCUACUACGCUUUGGAGGCAGAGUAUGUUGGGGACUGGAGGCGCGGGGGAGUCCUCUUCUACCGAUUCAUACUGCAGGACUUGCAAAACUGUAUCUGGAAUCUUGACCCAGAGAAUUCCUUUAAUGAAAUAAGGAGCUAUGAAGAGCCACCAGUCCUGGUGCACAAGAUACUGAAGUGUGUGCUGCUGAUUUUGUACCCGCAGUGGGCUGGUACAGAGGAGGUUGAAAACUGGAAAUAUUGCAUACAGAACAUUGAUAAAGAACUUAUUGAGAACAUUUGCUACUUUGACCCAACUGCUGCCUAUGUCCAAAUUCGGUCAGAAGUUGUGUAUAGGUGCCUCCAAGGUAUACAGAGGACAGCCAUAUGGAAGCUUGGCUCAGCUCCAGUGGAGUAUCUUUACAACUGGACACUCACCUGUCUGUCAUUAAUAGAUCUUGCAAAGACACUUCGGUGUUCUCAGACUACGCCUUCACAGUCUUACGGGCUGCUGCUUCUCAGCCCAAUUCAGUCAAAAACAGCAUCCAAUAGUUCAGAAUACAACCAAACCACCAAUUUUAUUUAA